CUGUGCCGUCCGUUCCACUCCAACAGUAGCGCGCGUGGAAUCAGCUGCGCCCAUCACGGCGAUGCGCGCGCAUUACAGAGCAAAACAGCGAAGAUGUUAUAUGAUCUGCACGUACUCUACUUCAUGCGUCUGUGAGACUGUCAGACACACUUAGAAGAAAGGAAAAAGAAUAGAAAGUGCCAUGGGCUUUAUUUUAGGCAGAAGACUCUCCGCGAUGUUGCGCUUUUUAACUCCAGUGCUCGUCGGAUUGUUUUUGCAGUCAGUCAGACUCACAGCUGGUAAGAUAGAUGAAAAGUACCCCAUGUCUGUGGUCCAUCAGGGAGAGUCACCUCAUUGGACGAGGCAGGGUCGUUCUUUCUGGCCAACACAGGCAACAGAGCCACUGAUUGUCCCGGCACGAGCCCGCAGCGUACAUCUGUCACAGGAGGAGAUCCAGAAGCUGCGCUUCAAACCCACCGUGGGCACAAUCCAGCGGUCAGAGGGGGCAGAGGUCAAAUUUAACUGCUCCAUCGACAUCAAUGACGUCAACCAGGACCUGAAUAUUCUGUGGUUCAGGAACGGUAAGGAAAUCCCUGAUGGCAUGCAGACGGCGAUCUACACUCAAGGGACGGUCAUCCUGCUGUCCACUAUGAGCAUUAAAAGUGUGAAGAGAGCAGAUGCUGGAAAAUAUCAUUGCAGGCUCAGUGUCAUUAACAAGAUAAUUGAGUCAAAUCCUAUCAUUAUUGAGGUGGAAGGCUUGCCGACCUUCACCAUACAGCCGAGCGAUGUGAACAUCACGAGAAACACUCCCUUCACACUGACCUGUGAGGCGGUCGGCCCUCCGAACCCUGUGACCAUUACGUGGCUCCACAAAGGGAAGAGAUUUGAAGAACACAAGCAAUCUCCCAGUAUCAUCACCAUUGAAGGUGUUGAUGCACCCACUCAGUACAGCUGUGAAGCUCACAAUGUGAAAGGCCUCACAGUAUCCAAAGAAGCUCACAUCAAUGUCAAAGAGCUUCCUGACAAAGUGUCAAAUGUCACAGUAGUAAAACGUGAGGCCAACAAACUCCUCAUAAGCUGGACACCGGGACACGACGGCUUCUCUCCUCUCAGCACAUGCUCCAUCACAGUGCGAGAGCUUUUGGAGCCUGGAAGCCCCACUGCCGCACACCUCACACGCAUGCCUCUGUUCCAGUAUGAAAUCACCAACCUCAAGGCCAUGACCUGGUACAACAUGAGCGUGUCCUGCACCAAUGAGAUCGGGUCGUCCCCGCCAAGUGUCUGGGUCCAGAGUAACACCACAGAGGGCGUUCCAUCAGAAUCUCCCCAAAACCUGACUGUUCAUGUGAACAAUUCCAUGCUGAUGAUCCGAUGGGAAGCUCCGCCCCCGGACAAACUGAAUGGAAUCUUACAAGGAUAUGAUGUCACAAUUAAACAUGGAACCCGUACAAACAAGAUUCACAGCAUCAGCACAGAGGCCGCGGUGAUGCUGCAGAUGUUCAACACCACGUACAGUGUGGAGGUGGUGGCCUGCACUCAGAGCGGCUGCGGGAGCAGAAGAUCACGCUUCUGGCUCUUUGUUCCAGACGCUGAAUUGCCCGUGUCUCCGUCCUCGACUCCGCUUCCCAGUCGCUCUGACUCUGCAUACAUCGUUCUUGGAGUUGCUUGCAGUUUCUGUCUGUUGCUGAUUCUGAUGUUCACGGCCGUAUGGUUGCACAAUCGCUCUUAUUUGCAGUGUUUGUGUGGACCUGACGAUAAACUCACUCCCAGUGUUGAGUACAGAACUCCGAGAUCCUACAACCGCUCAGCCAUCGAAAUCACACUUGCCAGUCUGGGCAUUAGCAGUGAGCUUCAGGCCAAACUCCAGGACGUGAUGAUCAUGAGGAACCUGCUGUCCAUCGGUAAAGUCCUUGGAGAAGGUGAGUUUGGGUCUGUGAUGGAGGGGCAUCUCAAACAACCUGAUGGGACGUCGGAAAAAGUUGCAGUCAAGACCAUGAAAUUGGAUAACUUCUCCCAGAGAGAGAUCGAAGAGUUUCUGAACGAAGCUGCUUGCAUGAAGGAUUUUCACCAUCCUAAUGUCAUCAGACUCUUGGGUGUUUGUUUAGAGGUUGUUUCAAACCACUUUCCUAAACCGAUGGUUGUUCUUCCCUUCAUGAAGUACGGAGACCUGCACAGCUACCUCCUUCGCUCCCGUCUCAGUGAAGACCCUGUGUAUCUCCCCACGCAGAUGCUCCUGAAGUUCAUGAUUGACAUCGCUCAAGGAAUGGAGUAUCUCAGCGGCAGAAACUUCCUCCACCGGGACCUGGCUGCACGCAACUGCAUGUUGGGUGAUGACAUGAGCGUGUGUGUUGCUGAUUUUGGCCUGUCAAAGAAAAUCUACAGUGGUGACUAUUACAGACAGGGCCGGAUUGCCAAGAUGCCUGUCAAAUGGAUCGCUGUGGAAAGCCUCGCUGACAGAGUCUUCACGGUGAAAAGUGAUGUGUGGGCGUUUGGAGUGACCAUGUGGGAAAUAAUCACUCGAGGAAUGACCCCGUACCCUGGCGUACAAAACCAUGAGAUUUACGAUUAUCUCUUGGAGGGAAACCGGCUGAAACAACCAAAUGACUGUCUGGAUGAACUUUAUGGCAUCAUGUUAAGCUGCUGGAGCUCUGAUCCAGUGGACCGACCUGACUUCACACAGGUUAGGAAGAGGCUGGAGAAUCUGGCAGAGAAGCUUCCCGCGGUUUCCAGCCAGAAGGACAUCAUCUACAUCAACACCAGCUUCCCCGAGGAGGAAGAGGAGGGCCCUGUGCUCACAUCCUCACCCUCCUGUAGUCGGCAAACCACAGACACUUCAGUAGUGACAGUGGAUGUUCACAAUAGCACAGACGCAGAGGACGACCGGUAUGUUGUCGUCAUUUCCUCUGGAGAUAAUGAGGCAAGAAGUACUGUAGAUACACCACUCCUGAAUCACAGACUCGUGGAGCACGACAGUGAAGAACCUGUCAGGGACGUGACGGAGACGCAGCAGACAUCUACUGACACCACACGUUUGCUCUGAUGGGAAGUUGAAAUGCAUCAGAAAAUUGACUUUUUGUGGUAUCCAACUGAAGUAUAUUUUGUCAAAAAACUGAGUAAAUAAUGAUUUUAUUCAAACAGGUUUCUUGAACACCCAUCUGCCGUUGUUGGACAAGCAGUGCCAAACUCACACACUUGGUUGAGUUCAAGGAAUAGUUCGCCCAAAAUGAAAUUUUGUUGAAAGUUUUCCCACCCUAAGGCCAUCGAAGAUGUAGAUGAGUUUGUUUCUUCAUCAGAUUUGGAGAAAUGUAGCAUUGCUUCAAUUGCAUCACUUGCUCCCCAAUAGAUCCUCUGCAGUGAAUGGGUGCCGUCAGACUGAGAGUCCAAACAGCUGAUAAAAACAUCACAAUAAUCCACACCACUCCAGUCCAUCGGUUAACAUCUUGUGAAGAGAAAAUCUGUGUUUGUAAGAAACAAAUCCAUCAAGGCAUAUUUAUUUAGAUCGGUUUUGGCUUGUAAACAGUGUUUGAGCUGAGUGUAUUUCUCUCCUGAUUCAGACAAGACAACCAUUAUACUGGAGAAAGCAAUUAUUUUGGAUUAUGAACUUUUAUGCUUUUAGACAUAAGCAAUGAUUUAAAGUUAAAAAUAUCUUUAUGGAUCUCUUAAUUAGAGACAUGCAGUUUAUGAAUUACUUGCAUUACGUGUGGAUUAUUGUGAUGUUUUUAUCAGCUGUUUGGACUCUCAUUCUGACGGCACCCAUUCACUGCAGAGUAUUAUUGUAUCUAUUCAUUAUAUUUAUGUAAUCAUUAUGUCAUAAUAUUUCACAAUAUUACUGUUUUAACUGUAAUUUGAUAAAAUAAAUACAGCCUAGGUGAGCAUAAGAGACUGCUUUCAAAAUC